AUGGAUUCAUCGACACCUGAAUUACUUCGUCUCUCAUCUCAACUCUUGUCACCAUUCGAAUAUUUUACUGACUCAUCUGAUACAAUUAAUACUAAAACUGAUGUCGUUUUAGUUGUCGGUAAAGAAAGGUUUUAUUGUCAUAGUUUGUUGUUAUCGAUGGUAUCACCCGUUUUCUCUCGAAUGUUUGACGGGCAAUUCAAAGAACAUAGCGAACGAGAGAUCGUUCUCGAGGGAAAAUCAAGUGAAGCAAUACUGGAAUUAUUAAAAUGUAUUUAUCCACAAUUUAACGGUCAGAUUACUGAUGAGAACGUUGAACAUUUUCUUCUACUUGCCGAUGAAUACAUGAUUGAGCAUUUAAAACAACCAUGUAAAGAACUUCUAAUGAAUCAACUUCGACAAUUGAAAUACAUUUCACUUCCAACAAAAGAAAAUAUCGUACAAGCAUCAUCGAAGUCAAGAAGUACAAACACGAGUGAUUCAGCAAUGAAUUUACAAGAAAACAACGAUGGUCAUUCAUCAGGACAUGAGAAUUCCAGUCGUCUGCAAGCACCACGGCGGCCUGUUGCAAGUCCUCGACACACACCAAACAAACCGUCAUCACUAUCAAGUAGACAUGGCGAUCGGGCAGGAUCUGCAUCAAAUACAACUCCACGCUAUUUUCUUUCGCUUGACAGAACUCAAAUACCUACAUUUUACAAUGAAAGCAAGGCAAAAGUUCCUUUUACUGUCAAUGAAGUAAACGCAUGGCUCCGUCGUCUACGUAUCCUUUAUCAAAUAGAUAAAGGUCGAAAUUACAGUGAAGUUAUGGAUUCUAUUCUAAGUAUUUUACAAUUUAUACCUACAAGUAUUCUUUUGCCAUUCGUACAACCCACAACGGAUACUUACUCAGCAUUAGAAAUCAUGCUGAAUGAUAUAUCUCGUGCACGAAUGUGUCUUCUCGAAGAUUGGGCAUCGGACGGCAAUUUCAAUCGUCCAGUAGCUCUAUCAGAGUCUUAUCGAACAAUGUUUCUUAGUGCUACAGCACCUGUAGAACAAGCUGCUACAGUUUCUACAAAACCUGUUGAGAACGAAGAAACUGCUUUUCAAUCAGUAAUUACUAUCACAUCUGAUCCAGAAGAAUUAAUUUCACCUUCCGAUACAGAUACAGAGUGA